AUGCAAACGAUUUGAAAUACACGUGCAUAGAAACUUGUGCAUUAAACAGAUACUACAGAAUGGAUGUAAAUCUAUGUUAGUGUACAAUCUAAACUCAUAUCUCUAUGUAUGCCGUGAUGAGCAAUUUAGAUACAAAUAGUAUGUACUCUAAAAUUAAAUACAAAACAUGGAAAAUAUUUAUAAAUCGUGAAGAGAAGACACGAACACAUGUGUAGAAAUGAGAUAUGCACAUGAAUAUUGAAUAAAUAUACAUAAUGAAGAUAGUAAUGAAAGGGAAAAGAUAGAAUUUAAUUAAUUUCACAUUAAAUCAUGGAAGAAAAUUAUUUUCGCACGAACGCUUCUGAGAGUUUAAUUUAAAAUGUAAUUUACACAAACACCGUGUAAGGACUGCAAUUUUCUCGAAAAUCGAUACGUAGAGAGUAAUCAUGCAGAUCACGCACAUAAAAUUUGCGAUAAGGAUUAUAAAUGAGCUGAAAAUGCGCAGAUACUCUCUUCUGCAACGUUAUAUCUGCGAACAUCGAAAAUUCUACCAAGGGGCUGCAAAUAACAUUGCACACGUAAGUUUGACGUUCUUGAGUCUACAGUCCGUUUGUGACUUUAGAUCAGAUAAAUUGCUAGAUGACGUUUGUCAACACGAUGAGAUGUAUUUAUUAUACUAUAAAAUGAGCAUAAAAUGUAUACUUGAACUUCUGUAACAUGACACCAUGCUAAGAUAAGAGAAUAUUUGUAUCAAAUAUUAAAGGAUAUUUUUACUUCUGGAUGGAUCGAUGAAUGACGGUAUCGUCGACGAUGCAAUUAUGGAAAAUGUAUCUUUCGUGCUUGAGAGUUCGUUAAUUGCGAUGAGUGCAAUCCAACUGGCAUUACAGGCAAAGAGAAGGACAUGGACAAACGUUUUUCAUGUUCACUACUGCUGCAUAACGUCGCGCACGAGCAAUAAAUAUUCCAGCGGUUCAUUGGUGACUAUCACUACAGCGACUAAUAUUCAACACAUUACGACUGUAGCUGACACGUGACGGGCAAAUCGGCUGUCUCAUCGCGUACACCAUCGCGUAAGAUGUUGAUCUACAGCAAAAAUAUUGACCUUAUGAUUUUUAUCACAUUUCAGCUCCCAUGACUCUUAUGGAGUUAAUAUUUAAUAAUGUUUUUGCAUGCAUGCGCGAUGCGCACACGAGGAGGGCACUCGCGGAAGUCCCUCGCUGUAUGCACUCGGUAUCACUUCGUAUGAAUGAAGCACGAUGUAGAAAAGGCUGUGUGUGUUUACUGGGCUUGUAAUUGAUCAUACAUUUAAACGAGCGUAGCUAAUUAAUCAACGGCAAUCACAUUGCAUCAAUGACCGAGGAUCGAUACAUGCAUCAAGAGAUGAAUAAAUAUAUAUAAAUUGAUGAGACAUAACGGGGAAAAACUGAAUAUUAGCUUCACACUGAAGGAAGAGGGAGACGGUCGUCGCGAGGAUGUCCCUGGUUCGGUUAAGAAUUCGGUGCUCAUGGAUCCUUACAAGCUCUCCGAUCUUCUCGGCACUCAGAAGAAAGUGAACGCCACCGCGAGGAAGAUCAGCAAAGAGAAAGCGAAGACGACGAAGGUGGAGUCACCCCGGAACUUCUUCUGCAGAUUUUGGAUAUCGUUGUCGUUCUUCAAGCUCAUCGGUCUUGCCACGUUCACCCUCUGCAUCGUCACGCAACAUAAAAGGACCCUGAACACAUUUCGAUACUCGAAACGCGGUAUCGCCUACAAUGUCGCGUUGAUCAGCCUGAUGAUCGCCUCGAACUUCCUCUCGAUACCGUUUCGACUCCACAUGGAGUACGAGAACAAGACGAACUUGACUGUGGGCAUUGAAAUCCUGCAGACUAUUCUCGGUACCAUAGUAAUCUGCACGAUCCUGUUUAGAUACUGCGUCGACCAGAAGUGCCUGGUGCGGAUCGCCAAUCAACUGAUGGAUAUCGAACACGAGGUCGAUCGUCUGUACCGAUCGUGUUCGCUGCAGCGUCAGCGGGUCCGGUCCACCCUGAUCGUCGCUUGCGCCAUGAAGUUCUGCCUGCUGAUCGUCCUCUUAAUUACCGAGAUCUACGCCUUCCACGCGAGUCCGAUAUCCUGGCUGACAGACAUCUUGCCAACGUUCCACGUGGGUUGGCUGAUGAUGCAGUACUUCCUGCUGGUGACGAUCAUCCAGGCGGACUUUGCCGAUGUGAACCGUGCGAUACAGAGUCUGUCCAGGGUCAGCACGCCGGAUCUUCGGCCGCGGUCUCCCCUCUGUCAGACGCGUCGUGUCGUCGUCAGCAACUCCUCGGUUUGCCAGCUGCUGCAGUUGCGAGACGCGCACUGUCACCUCUGCGACAUCGCCGAGGGCGUGUCUGGCUUCUACUCGUUGCCAAUGCUGUUCGGCAUCACUUUCGCCUUCCUGACGCUAAUUUACAACGCCUACUACCUCCUCGUCCCUUUGCUGAUAUCCGAUGAGAUCUUGCAGUACGAACUCUUCAUUAAUACUGUUCUCUGGCUGGCGUUCCUAAUGUAUCCCAUCAUCAUCCUCACCAACAGAAUCAGCAGGAUUCUGAACGAGAUUGGGAGAACGGGCAACAUGGUGCACAGCCUCUUAAGUUGCACGCUCGGCAAGGAGGCGAGGUCAGAGCUCAAGCAAUUCUCCCUUCAACUGCUACAUCGCAAGAUACGGUUCACAGCCAACGAUUACUUUGCCCUCGAUAAUACUUUCUUCCAUUCGAUGAUCGGCACGGUGGUGACGUAUCUGGUGAUACUCGUGCAAUUUGAAAUGGGGAGGCCGUGCUCACCGAGGUUGCCCUGUAAUUGUACAGCGGAGUAACAACAAGGUAAUUGAGAUUGCUCCAGUUGAAUUGAAUUUGGAUAACUGUGCAACUCAGUAACUUGUAAUAAUGUACAUACUAUGCUACAUACUUGAUCGUGUAUGCACAUAAAUGCUGCGAUCUGCAGAAAGCCUAGGACGAAGGUGUAAAUAUACGCUGUACAGAAAAGUUAUGUACAAUUAGCAAUUAAUUUAUUGAUUGUACAUCAUAUUCAACUAGACUCGAACGGCACUCGACACUACGGAGUACACAAUGACAGAAUGGAAUUCUAGCACAGAUUCCUAACGUGAACUUUCUUCCUCGAUGCCGUCGCGCGUUCUCGACUCGCCGAUCGCGAGCGAUCGGAUUCUCUCGCAGCGUGGAGGCCGCGCUCUUCCCGUGACAUGGAAAUGUCUCGGACAGAUCUUACGAGACGUCGUCAUCGUUGGUGACAUUACGAGUUGGUGAAUUCGUUACAAGCUGCCAACUCGCGUACAUAAGUACGACACGGAGUUCAUUUCCGGAUGCGGCUGCCAUCCGGCGCCCGCUGUUGCGACCUCGCAAAUGGAGAACGACCUUGCAAGUGGAGAACAGUAGCAAGUGUUUUUCAUUGCUCGUUAUAAUUUAACACGAAUGCCGUGUAGUCUGGAGGUAUACGUGACUCACUGGCAUUAGCUACUCUCUCCGUCGAGACGCUCGCUACCCCCCAAGGGACGACCUUCCCUACCUUAUCACAACCGAUUAAUACUACGUCGGCGAUUAUAGCCCGUUUGCCAUCGCGAUUUCGCUGUGGAUGUGUGGCGUGAAACCGUGCACUUUGAACGAUCGCGUUCCUCCCGAGCGACGCGAUAUAUACAUAUCGUACCACACACACGUACACACAUACGCACGCACACGUCUUUUUAUUAAUAUAGGUAAUUUAUACUUUACAUUGUAUUCAUAAAUUAACGUGCACACAUUUGUCGCUGCACCUAAGAUUAUGGCACGCCUUCCAGAUUUCUCUCUUUCGUCCGAUUUAAGACACGGUAGCCUGAAGUCCGAACGUUGCGUCUUGUUUCGAUUGCAAUUCGCAAAUUGCAAUCUUCGGAUAAAUUGAUUUCGACUUCAAGUGAUUCCUAGAUACACGCGAGCGCACUCGCUUCUCUUAAAAAUAUGUCUAGAUAUACACGAUUAUGCAUACUUUCCAGCACAAUAUAAAUAUUUCGUGUUGCUUUAACUACGGGACUUUCCUCUUUUGAGCAUACCUACGCGUUAAACAUGUGUAUUAUGAGAUUAUGUGACUUUCGCAUUAGUUCCAUAUCGAAACACGCGCGUUUUCUCAAACUACCCAUUAGCAAAAUGCGCAUAUAAAAAAAUAUAUUGUAAAUGUUUCGGCUAAUUUUUCAAUUUUGUAGAAAUUCCGUAUCAAUAAUCACGAAUGAUUGCAUUACUCAGCCGAAUUGAGAAGCUAAUCGUCUUUCAAGAAACAAGUCAAUCACUAAUAGAUCUGUAGCAGAUCGUUUAAAAAAGAAUUGCUUUUUUUCUGAGCUAUCCGUUAAUGCAAAUUCUGUCGGAAAAUUUGCAUGAAAUUGGUCAUACCUUAGUUAUCACAAUAUUAGUUUCCUUAGUAUACAACAUUUGGCAGAUGCAUGAUACAUGAUUGAAACAAAGUUCGAAAAUUUAGUUUUUUCAAGAGUAACUCGUGUUAAAUAUUCUCACUUAAUUGAAUCCCAAUUAAUAUUGAUUAACAAAAUAUUUAUAUUAUCCGACAGAAUAUGCAUCCUAUCACUCAAAUCCGUAAAAAAAUUCGCAUUAUUAAUUUUUAUGUCGCAGACUAUACGAAUCGAUUCUACAUUUUUCUUUUGAUAGGAAGAUUGGAUAUCCUUCAAGGGAUUACAUUAUGUAUCCUGUACACAACCACGUUGCACAUAUCUUUUUUACAUGGCGUAACAUUUUUUCUUACGAAUUUCGCAGUAAAGAAACUAAUUUUACUAUAAUUAGAAUGCUAAUAUAUUGUCUCGAAUGGCUGGUUGGGAACGUGCCCAAA